AUGAUGAUAACAAUUCUUUUACUUUUCGCAUCUUGUUUUACGUACGGUCAAAGUACUAAAUGUCAAAUAUGCAUCAUUGAUUCAACUUGUACGGAUGAUUAUAUUCAUUUUAAUGUAUCAAUAUCAAAGGAAUGUGAACAUCCAAUAGAGACAUAUUUUAGUUAUGAUACAGAUAUUGAUUCAGACAAACAUUAUUUAAAUAAAACAAUCGGUUGUCGUCAUUGUUAUUUUGACUUUACUAUAGAAUCUAUUCAUGAUGCAUGGGAUUAUAUUUUAAAACUUGAAUCACCUGAAACAACAAAAUCUUGUUCUAUUCGUAAAGCUCGUUGUGGUGGAUAUACGUCACGAUAUAUAUGGAUUGGUACUGCCAGUCUUUCGGGUUUAUUUAUUAUAUUUGGUGUUGUAUUAGGUAUCAUUCGAUAUUGUCGUACUCGAAAACCACCAAUGAAAGCUAUACAGUAA